GCAACCGGAAGUACUCACUAAACCCAAGCAGAAGCUGCUUGCAAAGUGCGUCACAUCGCAGAGCUGCAGAGAAUUAACGCGGCAGACGAGCAGCCCGCAACAGACAGCUCAACGCUUGUUCGUUUUCUUCUUUCUUGUUUUUUGAAAUCCAACGAAUUUGUGGCACAAUGGUGAAGAUCGCGUUCAACCCGGCUUUGGCGCAGAAAGCUCUCGCCAAGGAGCCUGCGGUGAAGGACCCCGAGCUCGCCACUGCUCCGACAGGCAUGGCAGGCUCCACAGGUCGUUGUUUGGUCACACUUCUGGGCAUCGCCUUCAUCCUCAGUGGGCUCAUCGUGGGGGGAGCAUGUCUCUAUCGAUUUUUCACUCCCAAGAGGUUGUAUCAUGGCGCCAUGCAGGUCAGGGACAUGUCAACCGUUGGUCAUGCAGAAAGACAGCCUUACUAUCUCCCAUUGGUCCAAGAAGAGGUGGAGAUUUCUGACAGCAUGGCGGUCAUCAGCGUCCCGCCUCCCCGUUUCAGCCCCGGAGACCCCGCUUACAUCCUCCAUGACUUCAACAGGAAUCUUACCGCAUAUCUGGACUUGACUCUGGGGACUUGCUUUGUGAUUCCAUUGAACAGAUCGGUGGUGCUCCCCCCUCAAGACCUCACUGACUUUUUAUCACAGCUGAAGUCUGGCGCGUACCGCAGCUACCUGGUGCGAGAGGACCUCGUUGUCACAGAGCGCAUUGAGAACGUGGAGCCGUUGGGCCUGCACAUCCGCAAACUGUGCAGUGGCAAGGAUAUUUACAGAAUGGAGCACCGUGCCAGCCUCCCAGGUCGGUCUAUGGAGAAGCGCUCUGCAGAGGAGUGCUACACCUUCCAUCACUUUGAAAACAAGUUUGUAACCGAGACGCGGAUCUGCAAGGCCUGAUGGGAGUGUGGCCCGCGUUUGAUGGAGAGUCUGAGUGACGGAGGCAGUUGGUGGAAGUAGGUGGCAGAGGCAACAGCCUUCAGCUGAAAAGUUACGGAUGUGUUCAAGUGCAUCUCCAGUUUAAUUUGCAUUCCCUGCUUCAACCCUCAGUGAUUUGUGUUUUUAGCCUCUUCUGCUCCAUUUCCUGAAGCUUUUAUUGGUCUAGUGCUAAAAAAAACUGCAUCCUUCAGUCUAUCAGCGAAAUAUAGUGGAGGGGUUUUCUUCGUGUCGCUGUGGUUUCCUCCAAACUCUUCGUUAAGUUUGUGCAUUUCAACGUGUGUAUUAUAGCAGACCUGCGUGUCGGCCUGCAGCUUCACUGCAAGCACACAUGCACAAAUAGUUGUAGAGCCGUUUUGUUUAUCUUAUGAGCUGUACAAUAUACCGUUGUUGGGUUAUGUUUUGUUGUAGUAUGAUAGCACCGUGGAAGUGGUAAAGUUACAGUCUUUACAUGCAGUGAGGAAAACGAGCAUUUGAACACCCUCGAAGAAGCACAUCAAGGUUCUGGAGUGGCUGAGCUAUUCUCCAGACCUAAACUAAUGGAAAAUCUUUGGAGGGAUCUCAAACUCCGUGUUUUUCUGAGACAGCACAGAAACAUGGCUGAUCUAAAGAAGAUCUGUUUGGAAGAAUGGACCAAAAUUCCUAAUAAAUUGUGUGCAAAGCUGGUGAAAAACGACAGGAAUCGUUAGACCACAGUAAUUACACACAGAGGCGACUGUAUUAACAUUGAUUUUGACAGGUGUUCAAAUACUUAUUUGCAGCAGUAACAAUCAAAUACAUUUAUAAAAAAAAAAUAAAAUAAUGCACUGUGAUUCCCGGAUUUUUUUUUUUUUUAAUAGAUUGUCUUUCACAGUGGACGUGCACCUGAAAUGAAAAUUUCAGACAUCUCCAUCAUUUCAAAGUGGGAGAACGUGCACAAUCGCAGGGUGUUCAAAUACUUAUUUUCCUCACCCUAGAAGCACAAAUACGGAAGUCACUUCCCUCAAGUUUCUGCUGUCCCGCUUUAAUGUUUAUUAAAUGAUGUCAUCAAACCUGAUGAACACUGUAGCUCUGUAUAGGACCUAUAAGUUUAAUCCUUAUUUGUUUUUGUUUUUUUAAAUCCUUAACGCUUCGGUAUAUACUUGGUUUUGGGGGUAAUUUCAAUUAUUAUUUGCGUCAUAAAGUUGUUUAGAGAAACAGGGCAUGAUCCAGUUUUUCCAAAUAUGUAAUUUGUUUUGAAUUUAUCAGAAAUAUUUUGCUUUAAACAACGUACACACGCAUGCUUAUUGCAAUUGCCCUCGACUGACAGUUGGAGGAGAUCUCGGUUAUUUUCAGUGGCAUCCUACUUGACGCCUGUCCAGAAAGACAAUCGAACGUGAAGCGUGCUUGGAAAUGUUUGCCCAUAUUUUGAAUAGACUAAAUGAUUAUUAGAUACACGUGGACAGCCAUUUAACUGGUCUCCCUUUGUUUGGUGAUUAAAGAUGAUUUUAACUAA